AUGGUUUCGCAGGCAGAACCGACCAAUUCGCUCUCUAUUCGAGGUCCUUCGUCGGUUGCUUCAAGAGCGAGUACAUCAAGGCAUCAUCGUCGCCAUGGACGUAGUCACACGGGAACUUCAUCAUACAUACCGCAGAAUGAUUUUCCCGUCUUCACGCACACGGGGGAUGUGGAAAUUAUUGUAAAAGCUGGCACGAAAACGAAUCGAUAUUUAUUACACCGACUUAUCUUGACGAAUUGUUCCGGAUUCUUCGAGGCGAGCACAGGUCAGGAAUGGUCGAGGGCUACUGAGGUUGGAGGUUCGGGUGGAGGGGAAUUGGCUAGGAUAGGUGAAGAAUCGGGCAGUGAUGCGGGAAGGAAUGAAGCAGGACCAAAGAGGAGAUGGAGGUAUGAGUUGGAUAGCGGACCUAAUAAUGACGAUAUACCAAUGUUGGUUCAAAAGCCGGAAUCAUCUCUUUCCCUUUUCGGCGCAAACGAUACUCGGCCACCACCUCCUGUUCGAAACAAACCUCCUUCAUCCAACCCAUCCUUCUUUCGCUCCGUCGCAAACCUAUCCAUCACCUCGCAUUCCACUCCUGCGCCUCCACAAAUAACACAAGAAGAUCAAGAUUUGCUCAACGAUUACGAUAAUUUGUUUCGAAUCUUCUACAAUCAUUCUCCACUUCUCGAUUCGAUUGAUAUAGCUACCGCAUAUAUACAAUGCAAAUCACUUCUUACACUCGCGGAUCUCUACGAUGCUCUUACGGUUGUUGGACCGCGCAUUGAUCACCAUCUUCUACAAUUCCAAGGACGUCUCUGGAAACAAAUCGCUAAAUAUCCAUCUUCAUAUCUCAAACUUGGCUAUCUCUCUCAAUCGAAAACGAUAUUUGGAGAAGCUCUCAUACAUGUUGUAGGCGCUUGGCCUGCAGAGGAUAAAGUAGAAGAUUUGAGGGAUAUGGUUGGAAGUGUUGAAGGGCAAUUAUUUCGAUUAACGCUAUUGACUGCGAGGGGCGAGAGAGUCAAUCCGGGUAAUGCAUAUGCGGAUUGGUUGGUCGUAAGUUUAUUUAGGCAGUGGCUAGCUGAGAAUACAUCACCGCCUCCCGCACCUCCUCAACCACUUCCUCGAUCUCCCCGUCAUACUAGUGGUUCUCAUAAUACACACCAUUCGCGCGCCUCUUCUUUAACAAUCACUCAACAUCAACAACCUCCUCCAUCAACUAUAUCGCAAAAUCAACAGAUUGGCAGGACAUUUAAAAUGUUGGGAAAUGCGUCGAAUGGCGCCUAUCUAGGACAUGAAGACUGCAAGAGAUUUUUGAAGUUGACGCCAGAGCAUUAUAGUAGGGAGGGAUUAAAGAGGUUUGAGAGGAGGAUGGAUGAAAUGAAGGAGAUGGCUCGAAGGGUGGUGGAACCAUUGAUGAGGUGUGGAUUGGAAGGGGAGGGGAUGGCGGUGGGGUAUUUGACGUGUACGAGGGUGGAGGAAAGGGACUUUGUUUGGUUGUAG